AUGGCGAGUAUGCUUUCUAAACGUCUUGGGAAGAGAUCCCUCCUUGGUGCUAGGGUUUGCACCCCAAGUCUGUCGGCAGAUGGAAUGCUGGUGGAGGGGCAGGUGUCUGCACAAGUGGAGUUUGGUGGUGGUGCCCAUAUUAGCCCUUAUGAGAAUGGAUUGUUUAAGGACUCCCAAGAGGAUACCUUCACCUCUGGAAGCUUUCCCAUGAGUCGUUUCAAGCUGUAUCCAGGCCAGAAGGUUUACAUCACGUCACAAUAGUAAAGAAUACAUUGGUUUGUGGUGGAACAGCACAACCACAUUGACGCUGAAGUGAAGGCUGUUUGUUUUCGAGCUUGGACCUCCAUUUAUGCAGAAAAAAUGGAGGAUGUUCGUCUUGCUGAGACACAGAAAACCUUGGGCUAUGUGGAGCAAGCACUUCCGACAAGCCCUGUGACAGCUUCCAACACUGCACCAAGAUCUGUCUCUAGCAGCAUAGACGUGCCCAAGAGGCGAUCUGAUGCUGUAGAGAUGGAUGAAAUGAUGGCAGCAAUGGUACUUACCAGCUUGUCCUAGCCCAUCGUCCAGAGCCCUCCCUGCUGUGACAGUAUUCCAGCUCCUCAAGUGACUUGUGAUUUGUGGAAGGAAAGUGGCGACGUGUCAGACAGUGGCAGCAGCACCACCAGCGGCCACUGGAGCGCCAGCAGUGGCGUCUCUACGCCAUCGCCACCUCAUACUGAAGCGAGCCCCAAGUAUACAAGUGAAGUCUUCACCACCUCCCAUGUGGAUGAGGGAUUUGAGACUGACCCAGAUCCUUUUUUACUUGAUGAGCCAGCACCUCGGAAAAGAAAGAACUCUGUGAAAGUUAUGUACAAAUGUUUGUGGCCGAAUUGUGGGAAACUUCUACGUUCUAUUGUUGGAAUUAAGCGUCAUGUGAAGACACAACACCUUGGAGACGGUGCUGAUUCAGACCAGCGUAAAAGAGAGGAGGACUUCUACUACACUGAGGUUCAAAUGAAGGAGGAGACUGAGACUGAGUCCACACCAAGAAGCCCAAGCACUACCACUGCACCACUUCUCAUCCAGCCAGUUCCGCCCAAACCCGAGACUCAGGCUUUGGAGGUGCCAUCUGUUGAGUCUCCAUUGCCCAGCGCACUUAGCCAAUCUGCUCCAGGGUCUUUCUGGCACAUUCAGGCUGAUCAUGCUUACCAGGCGCUACCUUCCAUCCAGAUUCCAGUCUCUCCUCAUAUCUUCACCAGCAUAAGCUGGGCAGCUGCUCCCCCCACCAUCCCCACCCUUUCGCCGAUCAGAAGCCGGUCAUUGAGUUUCAGCGAACAACCACAGCCAACACCCUCCAUAAAGUCCCAUUUGAUUGUGGCUUCCCCUCCUAGGGCAAACAACGGCAACAGAAAAGUCCGCGGCGAAGCCAAGAAAUGCCGUAAAGUCUACGGCAUUGAACAUCGGGACCAGUGGUGCACUGCAUGCCGGUGGAAAAAGGCCUGCCAGCGGUUCCUGGACUGAGCCAAAAUAUGCCCAGCCUCCACUGUCUGGUGAAAAGUGGACAAACCCCUUGCUUCAAUACCUUUUUUAAGACUCCCAGAGUCAUAUUGGAGGCAUUUCCAAAAAAAAUGGUGGUGAUUUUAAAGACUGUACCAAUGUAAAUUCCAAAACAUGUACAACGUCUGAUGUUUGGCAGUUUUUUUUUAAGCUCUCCUUUUGUUUAUAAGACAGUUGUUGUGUUUUUUUUUUUUUUUUUUGUUUGUUUUUUUUUUUGGGGGGGGGGGUUAUUUUACAACCUCUUAGCUAUAUGGAAGUGCAGGGACCAAAGUGUUUGAACCUCCUUUUCCAAUCCUUUUAUUAAAACCAUUUCCUGAAAAUAUUAAGGAGUUCUGAGAUAGACCUGUCCUAAUGUGAUAUAGCAUUUUGCAUGCCUUCCAUUUAUUUGGAUUAAAAUGGAAAAUACUUACAUGCUAUAAUAUUUUUUUAUAUACAUGGAAUUUAAAAGCAGUGAAUUGUACAGAGUAAAUAUAAGCAGUUUGUUUGCUUGCUCAAAAUAAGACUUUCAAUAUUCUGCUACCAUUUUCCUUUUUAAAACACCAGUUAAUUUCUUACACCGCACAUUACAAUGGGACAGUUGUACAGAUUGGUGGAGUUGUGCAUAAAUCAAUAUGUUCAUUGCAUGAUGCAGUGGAUUUUUUAACGAUGGUAAAUAAACUUCCCUGUAGGAAGCUUAUUUUGGUGAUGGAUUCCAUCAUAAACCUAGUCUGCACUUAUUAGGCAUCUAAUAGAUGGUCUGCAUUGCACAAUUAAACUGUGUACGUAAUUUGGGAUUUCUGUUUCUUGUCACUUAGCAACUUUUUGAAAAACUGGGUCAUGACAAAAUGUAUUAUGGACCCAUUUUAUUAAAUGUACACUGUAUCUCCCUCUUUGGGUUUACCCGUUAGCCGUUGCUGCUUUUAUGAGAUUUCACAGAACAUGGCAGAACAAACGUUCUUUUUUUUUUUUUCUUUUUCAUCAGAUUAUUCUGCGUUUCUGGACCUUAUGCAUCAUAAAUUAUCUGCUAAAUACAGUUUUGAUUCUUGCAUCACAAUGUUAGACCAGAGGUUACACAAUAUUUUUAAAGAGAUAUGGAAGUAAAAAUCGUAACUUUUAAUGAUUUAGAUGGUGCAUACAGAUAAAAAAAAAAUAGCUUAUAAUAUCAAAUUGACUUAUUUCUUGUUAUCUCUUGUUGAAACGUAGCUCCUUUAGUAGGUUCAUUAGUGUGCAUUUGUUUUGAGCUCUAUAGGACAGCGGUGCAUGAAACAUUACAAACAUUACUGCCACAUUGUGCUCAAGAUACAUGAACGCCGCUGAUUUAUUAAGCCCUUCGCCUGUCUACAACUGCAGGUUUUUACAAGAGAACCUGCAGUAAGUAUUUAUCAAGCAGCUGCUUCUUCUCCUAUUUUCCACCUCCUUAGGUGGAGAAUUUCAAUCUCCCCGGUCUCGUCCGACCGGGGAGAUUGACAGUUCCUGCCCGUGUGUGAUUGGCUGUGCGCAGGCAGGGGCGGUGUUGCACAAGAGGGCAAAAUAGCACUCUUGUGCAAUGAUGAAUUCCACCAAUGGAAUUCUGCCCGCCAGAGGCGAGCUGCGGCAGACACGAGCGCAUAUGUACGCUGCUGUCGCUUGAUAAAUCCAGCCAAAAGCCUACUUAAGUAUUCUCUAAUGGAAAUGCGUUUCCACAAAGGAUAUUGAGUUGUAAGUAAAUUUUGAUAAAUAAGUUUGUUUUUGUUUUUUUUCUUUGUUUUUAAUGAAUUGCAAGUUGUAUCUAAAUCAUGAUAUUUUUUAUUUUGAAAUCCAUGUCCUUUUAAAUAAUCCAAAUUUCCGUUCUCUACAAAAGUAUUACUGUCAUCUGCUGAUUUCAGUGGUGUACAAAAAAACUCCUAAAGGUGUUUUUAAAAAUAAAUAAUAAUAAAAAAAAAAAUAUUUGCAAUUGUAAGUUUUUACUACCUGUUAAUAAAAGCGAAUGUUCGUUUCAUUUUA